GAGAGUCGAGGAAGGGACACAGUCACUGACUAACAGCAACCGAGCUGGAUUAUUCGUGAAUGUUUCUAUUGAUGAACACGAUCUACGCUAAAGCCUGCAACCUAAACAAUUAAAUAAUAAUAAAAAAAUGUUCGUGAAUUCAGCAAGUACUAAAAGAAUCCUUCGUUCCCAAUCGCGAGGACAUCCAUUGGAUGGUGUUUUCCUAUGGAGGGUUGUAUUCAUCAUGGCCGCUUGCUUGAUCUCAAACACAAACGCACAGAUUCGUUACUCAGUUCCAGAGGAAAUGAAGAAAGGAUCUCUUAUCGGGAAUAUAGCUCAUGAUCUUGGUCUGGAUGCUCAAAGACUGCGCUCGGGUCGGGCUCGUAUCGUGUCUGGCGACAGCACUGAAUACGUAGAGCUGAAAACAGACAAAGGGAUUUUGGUUGUGAAGGAGAGAAUUGACCGAGAGCAGCUUUGCGCUGAAACCACUCCGUGCAGCUUCACGUUUGAAAUAAUACUUGAUAAUCCAAUGGAGCUACAUCACGUCACGGUAGAAAUAUUGGAUGUAAACGAUCACUCUCCAACAUUUGCGAAGGAUGAAAUUAAUCUUGAAAUAAGCGAAUCGGCCACACAUGGGGCUCGUUUUUUACUGGGAAGCGCAGAUGAUCCUGAUGUGGGUGUAAAUGCUCUCCAAAAUUAUAUGAUGUCACCUAAUGAUUAUUUUAUUCUGAAACAACAUACGCGGCCCGAUGGAGUAAAAUAUGCUGAAAUGGUGCUUCAGAAACCUCUAGACAGAGAGCAGCAUCCACGACUGUCUCUUAUUCUCACAGCCGUCGACGGAGGAAACCCUCAAAGAUCUGGGAAAAUAAAAAUAGAGUGAAUGUACUAGAUGCAAAUGAUAACGCACC